GCCUGGGCCUGCCUGCGCCUGCGCAUUACUCCGAGACGGCGGACUCGCGUCAGUGACAGCUUCCGGUUUGGUUUCUCCGCCUCCUGCUUGGCUAGUGCUGUCGGGGCUCGGCGGCGGCCUCAUUGGGGUGGAGGGGGCAGGGCGUGGUGAGGUGAGGUGAGUGCCGUAGUGGGGUUCCCCGGAGCCAUGGCCUGCUCCAUUAUCCAGUUCUGCUACUUCCAGGACCUCCAGGCCGCCCGGGACUUCCUCUUUCCUCACCUCCGGGAGGAGAUCCCCAGCGGCGCCGUGCGGAGGGACCCCAGUAAAUCAACAGACUGGGAAGAUGAUGGUUGGGGAGCAUGGGAAGAAACCGAAUCCCAAGAACCUGAAGAAGAAGGAAAUACUUGGAAAACACAAAAAACUUCCUGGCUCCAAGAUUGUGUUUUAUCUUUAUCUCCAACCAAUGAUCUUAUGGUGAUAGCUCGGGAGCAAAAAGCUGUAUUUCUAGUGCCAAAAUGGAAAUAUAGUGAUAAAGGAAAAGAAGAAAUGCAAUUUGCUGUUGGUUGGAGUGGUUCCUUAAAUGUCGAAGAAGGGGAAUGUGUAACCAGUGCUCUGUGUAUUCCACUAGCAAGCCAAAAGAGGAGUUCCACUGGGCGUCCUGACUGGACCUGCAUUGUGGUGGGUUUUACUUCAGGUUAUGUACGCUUCUACACUGAGAAUGGUGUGCUCUUGCUUGCACAGCUUUUGAAUGAGGACCCAGUGCUUCAACUUAAAUGCAGAACCUAUGAAAUACCACGACAUCCUGGCGUGACUGAGCAGAACGAAGAGUUGAGUAUCUUAUAUCCCGCUGCCAUUGUGACUAUUGAUGGAUUUAGUCUUUUUCAAUCUCUUCGUGCUUGUCGAAAUCAGGUAGCAAAAGCUGCAGCAUCAGGCAAUGAGAACAUACAACCACCACCAUUAGCUUAUAAGAAAUGGGGUCUACAAGAUAUUGACACUAUUAUUGAUCAUGCUAGUGUUGGUAUUAUGACUCUGUCCCCCUUUGAUCAAAUGAAGACUGCCUCCAAUAUAGGUGGAUUUAAUGCAGCAAUUAAAAAUAGUCCACCUGCCAUGUCUCAGUAUAUCACUGUAGGGUCCAAUCCAUUUACCGGCUUCUUCUAUGCUUUAGAGGGAAGCACACAACCGUUAUUAUCCCAUGUUGCACUAGCAGUUGCAAGUAAACUCACUUCUGCUUUAUUUAAUGCUGCCAGUGGUUGGCUUGGUUGGAAAGGUAAGCAUGAAGAAGAAGCUGUCCAGAAGCAAAAGCCAAAGGUUGAGCCAGCUACCCCAUUAGCUGUAAGAUUUGGACUUCCGGAUUCUAGACGCCAUGGUGAAAGCAUAUGUCUGUCUCCGUGUAACACGCUGGCAGCAGUAACAGAUGAUUUCGGCAGAGUUAUUUUACUGGAUGUAGCUAGAGGAAUUGCAAUACGCAUGUGGAAAGGGUACCGCGAUGCACAGAUUGGAUGGAUUCAAAUUGUAGAGGACCUCCAUGAAAGAGUACCAGAAAAGGCAGAGUUUUCUCCCUUUGGAAAUUCUCAGGGCCCAAGUCGAGUAGCUCAAUUCCUUGUGAUCUAUGCUCCAAGAAGGGGAAUUUUAGAAGUGUGGAGCACACAGCAGGGACCUAGAGUAGGAGCUUUCAAUGUGGGGAAGCACUGCAGGCUACUGUAUCCUGGAUAUAAAAUAAUGGGCUUAAAUAAUGUUACCAGUCAGAGUUGGCAGCCACAGACUUAUCAGAUCUGUCUUGUUGAUCCAGUGUCUGGAAGUGUGAAAACAGUGAACGUUCCCUUCCAUUUAGCACUGAGUGAUAAGAAGAGUGAACGAGCCAAGGAUAUGCACCUAGUGAAGAAACUAGCAGCCUUACUGAAAACAAAAUCCCCCAAUCUUGAUUUGGUUGAAACAGAAAUAAAGGAAUUAAUUCUUGAUAUUAAAUACCCUGCAACCAAAAUACAAGCUUUGGAAAGCAUUUUGGCAAGUGAACGUUUACCAUUUUUUUGCCUUAGAAACAUCACUCAGACUUUAAUGGACACUUUAAAAAAUCAAGAAUUUGAGUCUGUGGACGAAGGAUUGCUGCAGUUUUGUGCCAAUAAACUAAAAUUGCUGCAACUUUAUGAGUCUGUCAGUCAGUUAAAUUCCACUGAUUUUCAUUUAGACACACCAUUCUCUGAUAAUGACUUGGCUGUGUUACUAAGGCUUGAUGAAAAAGAACUGCUUAAGCUCCAGGCAUUACUAGAGAAAUAUAAGCAAGAGAACACCAGGACAAAUGUUCGAUUUUCUGAUGAUAAAGAUGGUGUGUUACCUGUAAAAACAUUUUUGGAAUAUUUAGAAUAUGAAAAGGAUGUGCUCAACAUAAAGAAGAUUAGUGAAGAGGAAUAUGUGGCUUUAGGCAGUUUCUUCUUUUGGAAGUGUUUGCAUGGAGAAAGCUCCACUGAGGAUAUGUGUCACACUUUGGAGUCGGCUGGGCUAAGCCCUCAGCUGUUGUUGUCUCUGCUCCUGAGUGUUUGGCUUUCUAAGGAAAAGAAUAUUUUGGAUAAACCGCAGUCUAUCUGCUGUCUUCAUAAAAUGCUGUCUCUCCUCAGCAAGAUGAAAGUGGCCAUCGAUGAGACCUGGGAUUCUCAGUCUGUGUCACCAUGGUGGCAGCAGAUGCGUACAGCCUGUAUUCUGUCUGAGAACAAUGGAGCUGCUCUAUUGUCUGCACAUGUUGGGCAUUCUGUUGCUGCACAGAUAUCAAACAACAUGACAGAGAAAAAAUUUUCCCAAACAGUUUUGGGUGCGGAUUCAGAGGCCCUCACUGAUUCCUGGGAAGCCCUUUCUCUUGACACUGAGUACUGGAAACUCCUUCUGAAACAGCUGGAGGAUUGUCUUAUACUUCAGACUCUGCUUCACAGCAAAGGGAACACUCAGACCUCCAAAGUGUCAUCGCUGCAGACUGAGCCACUUCUAAGGCUUUCUGUUAAAAAGUUAUUAGAAGGAGGAAAAGGUGGCAUUGCAGACAGUGUAGCCAAGUGGAUAUUUAAACAGGACCUCAGCCCUGAAGUAUUAAAACUGGCUAAUGAAAAAAGAGAUGUAGAAAACCCAGAUGAACCCAAAGAAGGUGUUAACAGAGGUUUCCUUGAGGUAUCAGAGGUGGAGACGGACUUAGGAGCCAUACCAGACCUACUGCAUUUAGCGUAUGAGCAGUUUCCUUGUAGCCUUGAGCUAGAUGUGUUGCAUGCACAUUGCUGCUGGGAGUAUGUUGUUCAAUGGAAUAAAGAUCCAGAGGAAGCACGUUUUUUUGUUAGGUCAAUAGAACACUUGAAGCACGUUCUUAAUGCACAUAUUCAGAAUGGCAUUGCGCUGAUGAUGUGGAAUACGUUCUUAGUUAAAAGAUUUUCUGCUGCUACAUACUUAAUGGAUAAGGUUGGAAAAUCACCAAAGGAUAGGUUAUGCCGAAGGGAUGUGGGAAUGAGUGACACAGCAAUGACGUCUUUCCUUGGCUGCUGUUUAGAUCUUCUUCAGAUCUUAAUGGAGGCAGAUGUUAGCAGGGAUGAAAUACAGAUGCCUGUGCUGGAUACUGAGGAUGCAUGGCUCUCCGUGGAAGGACCAAUUUCCAUAGUGGAACUGGCCCUUGAUCAGAAACACAUCCACUACCCACUGGUGGAGCACCACUCCAUCCUGUGCUCCAUCUUGUAUGCAGUCAUGAGGUUUUCUCUGAAGACCGUGAAGCCACUUUCACUUUUUGACAGUAAGGGAAAAAAUGCAUUUUUCAAAGACCUAACUUCAAUUCAGUUAUUACCUAGUGGGGAAAUGGAUCCAAAUUUUAUUUCUGUACGACAACAGUUCUUACUGAAAGUUGUCAGUGCAGCUGUCCAGGCUCAGCAUUCAGCCACAAAGGUCAAAUAUCCCACAGAAGAGGCAACACCCACUCCUUUUGGGAAAGACCAAGAUUGGCCGGCUCUAGCUGUGGAUUUAGCCCAUCACCUUCAAGUUAGUGAAGAUGUUGUCAGAAGGCAUUAUGUGGGGGAACUAUACAACUAUGGAAUUGACCACUUAGGAGAAGAGGCCAUUCUACAGGUUCAUGACAAAGAAGUCCUUGCCUCUCAGCUGCUGGUGCUGACAGGGCAAAGGCUGGCUCAUGCGCUUCUCCACACCCAGACGAAAGAAGGAAUGGAGCUGCUUGCCAGGCUUCCACCCACACUGUGUACUUGGCUGAAAGCAAUGGACCCUCAGGAUCUUCAAAACACUGAAGUGCCAAUUGCAAUAACAGCUAAACUAGUAAAUAAAGUAAUUGAGCUUUUACCGGAAAAACACGGGCAGUAUGGUCUAGCCUUACACCUGAUUGAAGCUGUGGAAGCCAUAUCUCUUCCUUCUUUAUGACACUUACCUACUGGAAAUGCUCUAAAAUGAUUAAACGUGAAUUAGUGCAUGGUUAUUUUACAUAGUAAGACCUGGAAUUUCAUGGGAAAAGUAUGUCUUUUUUUUUUUUCCUUUUGUAAAAGAAAUAAGAAUAUAUACAACUUCUAAAAAGUGCAACCCUGGCUAAAUUCUACUCCUUGGUUAAUACUGAAGAUAAAAUAUAAACAAAUGUCAACUCUAUUAUAAUUAAUACAGAUGUUUUACUGUUUAUUUCUAUUUCAAACACUUUGGUAGCUUUAUUUAGUUAAACUUUGCUAUUUAAAAAAUGGUUAUAAUUUUUAUGUUCUUAUAAGAUUCUAUAUUUCCUAUCUAAAAUGUUGUUGUAAUCCAGUUUAAAUGUGUUCAUGUACAGUCCCCAUCCGUAGAGUACAGAAACACCCACUCUCCUGUAGUAAAUGUUGAGAAAACGCCUUUCUUGUCAUGCUUCAAAUCCCACACUGGGCUGCCACCAGGGAGUUCUGGAAACUGAAAGCUUCCUUUCCCAAAGGGUUUGCUGUUGCCAUCAGAGGAUGACAGUGCUUGAGGAGAAAGAAUGGGUUCAAGACCAUCAUAUUCGUCAGAAUGGGGCACUGAAUAGAACCCUUCACCUGUUGUACUUGCCAAAAUUGAGAAUCAGAGGUGCGUACGAUGCAGCAAAUUAAUUACAAUGUAAGUUAAAGAUUUGCUUUUUGCCAAGUUCCAAAGUUGUAUCCACAUCAGGUGUCUGUAAAAAUGUAUUAUCUUGUAAAACUCAUGUUCAAAAAAAAAUGGCAAAGAUACUAAAAAUUUUAAGUCCAACUUUAUUUUUCCUACAAAUGUUGAGAAAUGCUUCUGGGAUUUGCUAAUGUUAUCUGUCCUUGGGAACAGUAUUGAAAAAACUGCUUAGUGAUAUUACAGCUUUAGCAAACCUACCUCAUAGCUGGGAUGAGAGGAUAAAAUACAACGAAUUUUGUACCCUAUAGUGCCUAGAGCAGUCCAAGUGCUAAAUGCGUAUUUACUGAUUAAAACCAAACUAUAGCUACUCGGGAGGCUGUGGUGAGAGGACUGCUAGAGCCCAGGAGUUUGAGGCCAUCCUGGGCAACAUAGCGAGACCCUGUCU